CUUCCACUCCCACACCCUCACCCACCCCGCCGCCAACCCCGCAUCCUGCCCGCCAUGGCACUGCGCAACGUCAUCCAUCGCCGCCAGCACAAGGAGCGCGCGCAGCUGGCGCACCGCAAGAAGCUCGGCCUGCUCGAGAAGCACAAGGACUACGUGCUGCGUGCGCGCGACCACGAGAGCAAGAAGCUGCGUCUGCAGCGCCUGCGGCAGAAGGCCGCCACGCGCAACGAGGAUGAGUUCUACUUUGCCAUGGUCAAGGGCAAGCAGCACAACGGCGCACAUCUGGCACACCGCGAGACGGAGACGGCGCUGCCGGUCGACGUCGUCGCCCUGCUCAAGACACAGGAUGCCUCCUACGUGCAGGCGCAGCUGCGUGCCGAGACGAAGCGCAUCGCCGAGCUGGAGCAGCGCAUCGCAUCUAUGCUGCCGCAUCUGCGUGCCGAAUGGCUCGCCGACAAGCCCGAGCGUGCUGCCACGCUGCGUGCGGCCAAUCUGCUGCCAGACGUUGUGCGCGAGGAGGGCACCGUUGGCGCGAUGGGCAAGAAGACUGUGUGGUGUGAAGGCGGACGCGACGAGGUGCGCAAGUACAGAGCACCCGCUGCUUCUCUCGAGGCAGAGGCAGGGCCUUCGAGCGCAGGCAGCUCGAGCUCAAAAAGCAGAGGCAAGGCCGCCGCGGGCCGCUCGUCUCCGAAGGGCAAGAGCAAGGCCUCGGACGACGACUGGUCGGAUGCGGACUCGGACUCGGACGCCAGUGCAGAGGCGAGCGGACCGCCAGGCUCGCGAGCGUUUGAGAAGCAUGCCUCGUACCAGGUCUCGAUGCUCGCUGCUCGGCAAGGGCGGCUAGCGGCGCUGCGCACCGCGGCCCACAAGCUGGAGACCGUGCGCGCACUCAUGGCGACGCGCGGAGGCAACGCACGCAAGGUCUCGGCGCGUGAGGCGUCCGCCAAGGACGCAGUGGCGCGCGGCACGGUGACGAAGGGCGGCCUGGAGCUGCCUGCGGGCGAGGACGGCGAGCCGAAGCGGAGCUGGAAGUGGAGCAGCGAGCGGAAGCGGUAGAAUCGAUCGAGUCAUCACGAGCAGUGUGUGCACAGGACGCAGCACGACAUGGGGC